AUGCCCAUCGAUAUUUCGAAUGCGCCAGCCAGCACUGAUGCCAGCAAUUUGGAACUGGCAACCAGGGAGCACCUUGGUCACGUUUCCCUGACCAUCAAAUGCUACCCCCAAGCUGCCGGGCUGGAAUACCACGCUGCACGCAUCCCGACUGCUCUGGAAUGCCGUCCCUUGGCGGAAAUCGUGCCGCUUGCGCCCAAAACGCCCGCCGCCAGCCAUCGCUGUGGGCCACUCUCAACAGUGACUGUGUCCACAAACCUGGAGGCCUCCAGAGUAGGGCCUGAACUUAUGUCGGGCGUGUCCCCCUACAGGGGGAUUUUCGACGAAAAAUAA